CCAUUAUCUAAUUAGCCUUUUGAGUUUUACAAAUUGUAAGGAUAGCUUGUGAAACGUACUUUGUGUUACACGGGGCCCAUUCAAACGCGUUUAUUAAAAAAAAAAAAAAGUCUAAUUUGAGAGGGAUUCUGUUUUUGGCCAGGUCCUCCCUUUAUUAAGAGUGUGUCACUAUAUAGGCGGGGGGAGGAGUGUUUGAUCUCCUACUGUGUGCAGAUGACAUUAUCUCCUACGCCUAAUAGAACGCUUCCACAUGCGGCAACAGGUAAGACGAUAGCUUGACAGACAGAAGCGAAUUUGCAGCUUGCUGUAAUUUAGAAUAGCGAUGCUUUCCAUCCGGUGAGCAAUUGAGAGACAACAGCUGCCUGAUUCCCUGAAGUCUAAAUUCAUAGCUCAGUAUUUGGUCAAAGCACCGGCACAUUUUCAGGCGUAAAUGCCUCAAUGUGAAGCAUGGUUGCCGCUGACAUAACGGUCUAUUGUGGCAUAUUUCUACCUAAGAGGACAUAGGCUAGACAAUGAACGCAACACACCAACACAACAGGUCGGUGACAGAGAGAAACUGAAUCCUGUUUACAUCUAGACAACAUUUGAAAGUUUGAGCGGCUCGAAGCUGACAGCUAUGCUGCUGAAAGCAUAGCGAUGCUCAGCUCAGAGUUCACAUGGCAACCGCUACGAAAAGAAUUAUCAAGAAAUUGCUUCGAACUCUGUCUGGUGUUCUCCUGACCUUUUUCAUAGUUGUGUUGGUGGAUUUACAAUUGCGGACCAGACAUUCCCUCACCCCCUUUGCUGCGGGUCCAGGAGAACGUUCAAGCCAAGCUGUCAAUUCCCUGUCAAAAGAUAGGAAUGUACUGUCAAAGUCUUCGGACAGGGGACAGAGUGACAAUAUUCACCAAGACGGUAGUCGAAGGAAAAAUAAAGAUAGAGAAUUUAGUCCAGCUCCUUGGCCGCGCCUGCAACCCCAAGAUGUUUUUAUCGCAGUGAAGACUACAGGACGGUUUCACCGAACCCGACUGGACCUGUUGCUGGAGACAUGGAUAUCCAUAACCAAAGAGCACACGUAUAUCUUCACAGACACUCCAGACGAGGACAUAGCCUCCAAAGGCCACAAUCUCAUCCUGACCAACUGCCCUCCGGAGCACAGCCACCAGGCCCUGUCGUGUAAGAUGGCCGCCGAGUAUGAUCACUUCAUGGCUUCGGACAAGAGGUGGCUGUGUCACGUCGACGAUGACAACUACCUGAACCCAGGGGCCCUGUUGUCUCUCCUCUCUGCGUUCCCAUUGGACAGUGACAUUUAUGUGGGCAAGCCCAGCCUGGAUCGACCAAUGAAGGCCCACGAGCUCCUGGAAGGCAAUAAGACGGUCAGUGUUCCAACUGUCCCACAAUGCAAUGCAAAAGCACCACCUUUAAGCAUAAGAGCUCUGUGGCUCUCUCUUGUCUCAUGUUUGGCAUUUUGAAUGUUAUGAAAUGGAUUCGAAUUUGCCAAAGGGGAAGACAUGCAGGGCAAUCAUAGUGUGGUCACCGGCUAGUGAUUUGCUUUCUCUGGGACGAUCAAUUAUUAGCGUAUUGAUCCAGAUGAUUCUGUUAUGCUGGUUGGCUAGGGUCCACUGGGAGUAACCC